AUGGAGGUAUUUGGGACCGAAAAUGGGGAGUCCGAAGAGUUUCCCGGGCAAUUGCUUCAUCAGGCUGCCUUGUGGGACAAUGAUGAACUUGUUCGGGACUUGCUCCAAGGAGAAUUUCGUGGACACGUUAACGCACCAGAUUCUUGGGGAAGAACUGCUUUGCAUGCCGCUGCAGUUAACGUUGACUCGCGGGCUUUACGAGUUUUGCUCGAAGCCGGAGGGAACCCGAACAUUCAUUGUGGACCACGUGGAGAGUUCAGAACGCCUUUACACAUAGCCAGUGAACAUGGCCAUCGAGCAAAUGUCGAAAUAUUGCUGAAGUUCGGGGCUGAUUUCUUGCUUCGAGAUGGAAAUGGACUCACUGCAUAUGAUCUGGCCGAGCAAGGUGGUCAUCAUGAUUGUCUUGCCAAACUCCGAAUUGCAGCGGCCACGGUCGAGUCACGGAAAAAAGAAGUGCAUGAAAAAUUGAGAGCUGCUGCUGAAGCCAAAGAUGUCGCAUCCGUCAAAUCUUUGCUUUGCGAAGUAACGGGGAAGUUAGAAACCGUUGAAAUUGUGAAUGCUGCUCCAAACGGAACAAAUACGCUACUUUUCAAAGCUUGUGAAGACGGGUGCAAAGAGCUGGUCAAAAUUCUUCUAGAAUCCGGUGCCGAUUGUCGAAGUCAUCCUGUGACCAAGUAUUCUCCUUUGUACAUAUCUUGCUACUAUGGUCGCAAGGAGAUUGUGGAAAUUUUGUUGCAGAGAUUUCCCCAAUUAAUUCAAUCGACAACCGUAGAAAAAUGGACCCCACUUCAUGCAUGUUGUAUCAACGGUCAUUCCGGGAUCUUGGAUAUGCUGCUGAGACACAAAUACCCUGAAGAUUUGAGCAGGGUAUUUGUCAAACGAUUGCCCGGUGAAAAGAGAACAGUCGCCUACAGAUUGGCCUUUGAUGUGAAUGCGAGAGACGUCAGUGGGCAGACAAUCUUGUACCAAGCGUGUGUUCUCGGAAAUCAAAAAUUAGUCGAUACCAUUCUGAAAUUCAAGGCGCCAACGGUCAACUCUGAAGAAACUGUUCAACAAAAUAUCGAAGAAAUUAAAGCACCAAAGCGGAAAGAUAGUGCUGCCUUGGUAGGCGUAAAACCCUGGAACUCCGGCGAAGACGUGGAUGGAACAAGUCCCACAAGGAAACGGAUCUCUGAUGGAAUUCAGGCUUUAAUUUCACGUCUUCAUAUUGGAAAAACAAAUAAUGGUGGACUUAAAAAUGAGUCCGACUGGAUUUCUCCGGUGAACCUCGACGAGUACUGCAAUUCGGGCACUGAAACGUGCCUGCACGUUGCCGUCAAAGCUCGAAACUCCGGCAUUGCUGCUGCUUUAUUGGCUGCUGGUGCUGAUCCGAAUGCGCGCCUUCACCUAGCUGAAGAAGAUCGUCGGAGUUCUUCGGAAGAAGGUCUCAUUUUCACAGGCUCCAAUGCACUUGUUGAAGCUUGUCGUUUUCGUGAUAUCGGCAUGAUCGACUUACUGCUGAAGCACGGCGCCCGUGACGAUGAUUGUAAGGCUUUCUUCGUUGCCGCUGCUGGGAAAGACGAAAUCGUCAUGGCGAAAUUGCUCGCUUUAAAAUCCCACGCCGAUCCAGAUUAUAAAAUCAACCGACGUGGCAUGAUCACAGGUCCAGGCGUUUUAGCUCCGUACUCCUCCGUCAUGCCAACGACUGCUGUGAUGAUCAAUUGGCACAACCAGCGAGGCAUGAAAUAUCUGAAGGAUAAUUGGCUAGUAGAAGCCUCGCUAGCUUUGAAUCCACGGCUGAAGUUGAAUGCCUUCACAAACGUGGCAUUUUCUUUGGCAGCUCUGACUCGGUUGGACAUAUCUUCCAAUGGCCUGACAAGCUUACCAGAUGUGGUCUUUCAGUUGCCUAGCUUGAAAUUGCUCAACGCUUCUCAAAAUAAGAUUUCUUGUUUACCGUCCACGAUCUCGAUAUUGACGGAAAGACCGCAGACUAGAUCUUCGAGGCUAUGGAGGGACUCCGGGGCUACACCUGUGGUACCGGGAACACUGAAGGAAUAUUGCCUUCCUGUUCUGGAAGAACUGUUGCUGAGCUUCAAUCAACUGGACUCGGUGCCCGAAGCUGUGUUUAAGCUGCCGUCCCUCGUCUUGCUGGACAUUUCGAAUAAUAAAAUUUCAGAAUUGCCUUUCGCCAUGUGGACUGCGCCACGUUUGAGGGAUUUGAACGCGAGCUGGAACUUGCUCUCGGAUGUGCCCUCGACACCCAAGAAAGCGGAGAUGAAGAGUGGCGGUGGACCAAAAAGGUCUAGAAGUGUCGAAAACAUUUUUGCUGCUCCGGAGUUCAGGCUUUCGAAGGAAAUCGUUAUUGAUGAUUUGCCGGGGGAUUUGGCGCAGGAAGAGACGGACUCCCUUUCGGAAGCAGAACUUGGGUUUCUGGUAUUUCGCGAUGCCGGCAAUGUCAAGACUCUGCCGUUGAUGCAUCAUAGUUUGUGGCGCACCCGUGUGGAAAUCCUUGAUGAGCCGGUGUGGGAAUCUGUCGACAUGGCAGGGAAAGUGUCACAGAUAACGAACCUGAACCUGUCGCACAAUGAGUUCCAUCGUCUUCCGUUGGGACUGGCGUGCUUGGCUGUUUCUCUGCAGAGAUUAAACCUAUCCUUCAAUGGUUUGACGGAUGUUGGUCCAUCUUUUGCGUAUCCUGCGUCAAUUCGUCAGCUUGAUUUGGCGCAAAAUCGUAUACACGAAUGGAUGUCCAACCAAACCGAUUUUGAUUAUGUUGGAUGUUAUGCUUCGCCGGAAUUCCAGAAACCUGCAAAAGGCAAAGGUAAAGGAAAUGUGGGUGUUUGUGCGCACAAAAUGCAUCGUCGAUUGGAGAAUCUGAGGACAUUGGUGCUUAGUGACAAUUAUCUUUCAAAGAUCGUUGUUGCGAGUGAUGACAGUGACUCCGUGUCUUCCGGAGACAUGGAAAUCAUUCACCCGUUCGAAGAUUCCCCAAUGGACGUCAGCUUGAUCGCUGUUCGAGCUGUUGGAAUGAAAUCUCGGCUUUUGUUUCCCAAUUUGACCAUGCUGGACGUGAGUAACAAUCGUCUGCAUUCCAUUCCGCCAUCCAUUCAAGAUUGGACUGGCUUGUCCGUGCUCAACAUUAGUGGCAAUUCGGACAUCACGGAAUUGCCACCAGAGAUGGGAUUAUUGAAUAGGCUGUGGAACCUCAAUUGUCGUGGCUGUGGACUUCAGGACCCAUUGCGAUCAAUGAUUGAUAGUAGGAAAUAUAGGACUCUCGACAUCAUCGGCUAUUUGAGAUCAAUCCUCGAAGACGCGCGACCGUAUGCCAGAAUGAAGUUGAUGGUCGUCGGCGUCCAAGGCAUUGGUAAAACCACCUUGCUCGAAUGCCUACGCUCUGAAAGUGGCAGCAUGUCGUCUCUCGGUCAUCCGUUCGGUACCAAAAUGCGGAAACCCGAUCACUGGGGUCGGCGAAUGGGCCACCGUGGCAUGACCACCAUGAAGACCAAUCGUGGGACUACAUUAUCCACAGUUGGCGUGGAUAUCGCGGAUUGGGUUUACGAAAAGAGAGAGAAAGCUCCCAAAGGCGGAGUUGCACCUCCAUCUUUUGGUCCAGUCGCUUUCCGCACGUGGGAUUUCGGAGGACAGCAAGAGUACUAUGCCACGCAUCAGUACUUUUUAUCCCGACGGUCAUUGUACUUGGUUGCUUGGCGGAUUACGGACGGGGAAGUAGGCGUACGAGAUUUGCAUCAAUGGCUCAUAAACAUACAGGCUAGAGCCCCAAAUUCUCCUGUGAUCAUCGUCGGAACUCACGCCGAUUUGAUACAAGAGGCGUUUCCUCCGUCCUAUUCCGAACACCUGCAGUCGCUUAUCCGCACGAGAUUCAUUGGCCUUGUGGAUGCCGACAAAGUUGGUCUCCCGAGAGUCGUGGAUUCAUUACAAAUUUCUUGCAAGACGAAGCAAAACGUCAGAUUGCUGUGUAACCUUAUCUAUGACACAGCUUUCAGUCUUCGAUCCUCAGCUUCGUCUUCGGGAUCAGGCACAAGUUCCAGUACCGGUGGAAGUAGUGGAGCGAUUGGGGGAGCACAAUUGGGCCGGCCGAGGUUGCUGGAACAGAAAAUUCCUGCUACUUAUUUAGCACUUGAAGAUGUCAUUGGUGUUAUUGCUGCUGAACGUAGAAAGGGGGGAGAAGAUCCUGUUUUAACGACGCGGGAAUACAGAAGUCUGGUGACAAAACAGAUGAAAAGCCGUUUCGGAAUGGCAUUUCGAGAUGGAGCCGAAUUGAACCAGGCUACAGCAUUUCUGCACGAAAAUGGUGUACUUCUGCACUACGACGACUCUACUUUGAAAGAUUUGUACUUCCUGGACCCGCAAUGGCUGUGUGAUAUGUUGGCACACGUAGUUACAAUACGGGAAAUAAAUCCUUUUGCUAAGAAUGGUUUAAUGAAGUUGAACGACUUAGCCCAUUUAUUUCGGUCGUCACAAGCCGCUUUGGGUACGAAUCCACAGAGAUACAUUGUCAGUUUGCUGAACAAGUUUGAGUUGGGUCUAACUUGGGACACCAGAACAUUGCUGAUACCAUCACUAUUGCCUUCAGAAGUGCAGAUUCGUGCAGGGAUUCCUGGUUGUGAAGUUCGCAUUCCAGUUCGAUCGCGCGCCUGGGCAAUCAAGCGGUCAAACGUGGAGAAAAAGUCGGUGGAGAACGAAGAUGAUUCUUGUUCACCUCAUUUGCCUCCUGCAGUGAUUAUAGCCAAAGAAGAGAAGCCUGGGACAUCUGCGCUGUUGCUUUCUCAUCAAUCGGAUAAUGAGCGAAUCAUGCGCCGGCUUGUUCUUGUGUCUUAUUUCCCUUCUGGCUUUUGGUCGCGCUUGACCGCUCGAAUGUUGGGAGAUGACAGUGUGAUGCAAAUCAUACGUGGUUACUUCGACGCUCCCCAUGAGGUUUUGCAAGACUCAAAUUUUUCAUCCGUGUUGGAUUCACCUGGAGAAUGGGUAUGUUGGCAAACAGGAAUUGAGCUGAAGUAUGCCAGCACGACCUUGUUCCUGAUGAGAGAAAUCCUCCCAACCAUGGGUUACACUCCUUGCAAUUAUCGCGAUUACAAAUUUGAAAUAAAACAAGAGGAUGGUUGGGAGGAACUAGACAUUUCAGAGCGUUGCAUUCUAGAAAUUCUGCUGCCAAAUGAAAGUGUCGUAAUUCGUCGUCCGGCAUCGGAGAGUCCAGACCACACUGCCGAGUCGGGUAUGAACAUUCAGUCUGCCGUGUUGGAUCCUAAUCCUGCUUGUGCGACCAAAUUAUUGGCCUUGGCUGUGGACCAUAUCGACACCUUAUUGGAAGACUGGUAUCCCACAUUGGGAACGCGGUUUGUUCACACUUCCGAAGGAAAAUUUCUUGUGACGAGGAUUAUUCCUUGUCCGAAGUGCGUUAAUGAGCAAAUUGCAAGGGAUGCGGAUGAAGCACCUCUGUUGCCAUCCGUGGGGUUGGACUGGCUCCAACUGCGUUUGCGAAGUGCAUCCCCAAGGGCUCUUCCCCGUUUAUCCCAAGAUAGCAUCAGGUCUGGUGACAGUGGGGUUGGACAAGAUUCCGAUCACUCCACUAGUCGUGUACCGUCCUUGGAAGGAAACUCCAGACAAGCAAGUGAACUCGGCAUCCAAGUAGAGGUGCCACGACAGCUACCGAUUUACUGCGUGACUGUUGAAGAAUGCAUACUGCGAGGUUAUUCUGAGAAAUCUGUAUCCUGCUUACGGCAUGGAGAACUUGCGUUGAGUCUGCUUGCCCCUGACACCGUGUUCAUGGAUUUGGGUGACAAAUAUCUGAUUCGACCGGAAGCUCUCAAAAGGGACAAGUUACUUGGACGUGGAGCAUUUGGUUUCGUGUUUGCAGCGACAUGCAGCUACCAGAUACCGACGUCUCUGUCCAUGAUGUUAUCUUCCUCCACUUCGAAUGCAGACUGCUCUACGCUGCCAGUGUCGUCGACAACGAACUCGACUACUUCUUUGGGCAUGCUUGGUCACCGUAAAUUAACUACGCGAUACCUGGAUGUGGCUCUCAAAAUGCUGGAACCGGUUGACCCAGGCUCAACUUCUCGUCAGUCAGCGCAGUCUGCGUACAAAGCGGCGAGCAGUAAAUGGUCGCGUGAUCCGUUACAAUACGCUUGUAAGGCGUACUGCACUGCGAGACAGGAGCUGAGAGUGUUGUCGGCGUUGAGGCAUCCGCACAUCGUGGCAUUGGUUGGAGUCAGUCCUUCGCCGCUGGCGUUGGUGCUGGAAUUGGCUACGUUGGGAGCUUUGGAUGAUAGGUUGAAAGAUUUCAAACGAUCAGGGGACGUAUUAGACACGAACACCGUGUGUCAGACUGCGGUUCAGGUUGCCAGAGCACUGGAAUAUUUGCAUCAACAGCGAAUCAUCUACCGAGAUUUGAAGUCGGAGAACGUACUCGUGUGGGAAUUUCCUCGACCUUUCCAGAGGCUGGACCGCCAUACUGCUGUGACGGAUUCCUCCAGCUCAGUUCGUAUUAAGCUCGGCGAUUAUGGGAUCAGUCGAGCGAGUUUGCCGACGGGAACGAAGGGAUUCGGCGGGACGGAAGGUUAUAUGGCGCCUGAAAUUUUACAAUUUAACGGAGAAGAGGAGUACACUGAAAAAGUUGACUGCUUCUCAUUUGCCAUGUUUCUCUAUGAGCUGAUCACGCUGAAGCAACCGUUCGAAGGCUCUGACAGCGUGAAGGAGUCGAUUUUGGAAGGAGGCAGACCUCCAGUGACCCAUCGGUCAACGACGCAAUAUCCAGCAUACAUCUUGGAUCUGAUGGCUGCCUGUUGGUCGCAUCAAGCCUCAAAACGACCGUCCGCUUCUCAGAUCGUAUCGAUUGCUACCGCACCAGAGUUCACCCACAUGGUUGAUGUCGUGUCUUUGGAAACUCAGAAAACUGUGAUGUCUGCUGCAUUAGUGGCGCAUUCUGACUGUUUGAAGUAUGGCGCUGGAAAAGAACAGGUUGACGAGGCGAAGCAAUGGGCAUCGUUAUGGAUUAGCCGCUGUGGUUGUGCAGUGGACGUUUUGAGCUUUGCGAACGAGAAAAACGGUGGCCCGGGGUUCGUGGACUACGUGGGCUUGACAGACGUUGGAGACGCAAUAACGGCAAUUGAGGCUGUGGACGACCUCAUUUGGUGUGGAGACCUGCGGGGAACUCUUCACGUUUAUUGUGCGACGAGAUGUACUCAUGUGUUCGAUUAUACCCUGGAACCUGAUGCACCGGAACCUUCGCCCGUACGUUGUAUGGUACACAUUCAGACUCUUCACCGAGUCGGUGUAGCUUUGGGCAACGGACGCUUGUUCCUGUGCCGGUCCGACGUUCGUCCUUCGUCUCCCACCCGAGGAGAAGGGCUUUUCAUCAUGACUGAACUGGCAGGAGGCCCGUCGGGGACUUUAUUCUCACUCUCCUCGAGAAUUUUAUCAGAAACUGAAGCCCAGUUGUGGUGUGGCCAAGGAAGAGGAAUGGUGUCCGUCUUUACUCUUCGCAGCGGAAUGGUCACAUCUCAAGAAACAUUGGAACAUUCGAAUCCAUUGAUCGAUCAAGUUGACGUGCUUCACAUAGUAACUCAUUCGUAUGCCCCGGAAACCGCAACAAAUGACUUUGUUUGGACGUACGUCUACCCUGGGUGCAUCGUUUAUCAGUGGGACACCAGAACAAACUCAAUUUCAGGACAGCUGGACUGCUCGAAGUUGGCGCCUUGUUCAGAAUCUUUGAAAUCCAUAGCGAUUGAUGAGCAUUUGAGUCCAGGUCGCUGUCAGGUUACCAGCAUGGCAGUCAUAAAUUCCGAACUUUACAUAGGAACAACUUGGGGCUGUUUAAUCGUGGCGAAUGCCGAGAGCAUGCGCCCCGUGACUGUGUUUCGACCCUUUGAAGAGGAUCUUUGUGUGAUCAAACCGAUGAAAUUUUCAUCGGCCAUUGUCGAGGUCAGUAGUGAAGAUAAGGCCGUGCCCGAGGAAACGAAACAACCCCAGUCUGUCAUUGCCACGGUUGGGAAAGGCUACCGUAGUCUGAUCCCUCGUUACACCGGGGUCCCGGUUGCGUCUACCGAAACAGCCUAUAAGAGAGACAUUUACGCCAUUUUGUGGCGUGUCGACGACUGGUUACCUGACUUUUAUUGAGAGUUUACUGUACUGAAUCAUUUUACUGAAUCAUUUUCGAGACUUUCUCACGGGAUAGAUAAAUUCCGUCCUUUGUCCCUCCAAAACUUCUCUGACUUGUUAUAGUUGACAUGCUAUGACAGUUCGGAAAAAAUCCUCGCGAUUGCAAUUCAUAAUAAUUGCAACUUCAAGGGUUUCAACAGCCCACUCCCCUUUUUUGAAACGAAGAGAAUCUCACAAAAGGUUUUAUUGAUUUAGCGUUUGCGUCCUUUUUGAAAAGUUACCAGCUUAUUUUCCAGGGAGCCUUUUAAAAUUUUAUUUGCCUUGUUUACGUAAUCAACCUUUAUUACCGGAGACCACCGAACGUAUGCAUUAUUGUGACGAACCUGUGAAAACAAUUCCGUAUUUGUUUUAAUGAGUUGCUAGAAACUAUAUUUAUUUUUUCAGUCACAAAGAGAUUAACGAAGUGUUCCAAAGCCUAAGUCGCGUAUUGCGGGAAGUGGUGAAUUUCUGGAAUACAUUUGUCGUGUUUUUGACGAAGGAAAGAAAUUCUCGUGAUGUUUCUCGCAUAU